AUGGUGACGCAAACGCGAGGAGCUAGAUCCAAGGUACAAUCCCCAUCGGGAAGGAAGAAUAGAGGAGCCUCAGCAGGAUCAUCAGUUGGCAGUGGUAGCACCAGUAGUAGGCCGGGGCUACCUUUCCUAGUCCAAAAGGUUGUGGCAAAAGAGAUCCAAAGGCAAGUGGGAGGGAUACAAUUUAUCGACAAGUUUGGAGAUAAGCCCUUGCAGCAGUUGAUUUUGAACACCAGCAAGAAGAAUAGAGAGGUGUUUGGUGAACCAGCCGAUCCCAUCCGUCGGCAAAUUACUCUGAAGAUCGGCAAGUGGAAGAAGCUCAGCAAAGAGGAUUGGAUAUUGAAAGUUUUGAUCAAGUUGGGAAUCCCUGUCAAUCCUGAGCCUUCAUCAUCAGAGGAAGACGACGACGAGGACGACAGCAGCAGUUUAACAAGUGACGAGGAGGAUCAGGCACUACCUCCCCCAAUUCCAAAAGAAAUUGCAGCUCCAAAGAAAGCUACACCAAAGAAAACUACUACGCCCAAGAAAACUACGCCCAAGAAAGCCCCCAAGGAGGUGAAAGGUAGCAAGAAGCAAACAUCCAAGACCCCGAAGACCAGGAAGGCCGAGAGCAAGAAACCCUCUCCCAUCCCCGACGACAAACCAAGUAGCUUCACCCAGCCUCCGAAAAAAGCAGCCAUGUCCACCAAAGAUAUCGUUGAAGUCCUUGUCGACGUCGACAAACCUGAGGCAAAUGGCCCUUUCAUUGUUCUUGAUGUCGGGCAAACCAUUCCCGGACACGGACCUGAAGGGGAAAAGCGUCGCUAUUUUGGCUAUUUCAUCUUUUACAGGAUGGACAUCCGCUGGACGAUCGAUAAUCCCCUCAAGAAGCGCUACAAAGCUCGUGUUUUCAACAAGGACACGUUGCACAUUCAAGUCCCUGCCUGGGAUUACAACAUGCUCAACCAGAGGGAUGGUUUUGUUGCCGCUAAAAAUCUCUUUGAGAAUUUUACCGAUUCUGUCGACAACGCCCACGACCAAUACUGGAAGAAUGAAGAGAGUCGCUUUUUUGCUACGUACAAACUCAAGUUCUGUGACAAUGACAUUGUGCUAUCCUCGAAGUUGGUUUACCCUGAUGCCGGCGAAGAUGAGAGUGUAGGAAUGGAUGUUGUUGAAGUGAAGUGGGAACACCAAAAGUCUGGUCUUAAGGGAACUGAUUAUUACGCUCGUUGGAUUGUUGCCCGGGAAGACCAGAAAUCGAGGAAGAAGGGAAAGCAAGAAGCGCCCAAGGACGUUUUGGAUCCGGUUGCAGCUCAGCUGAAGGCAAUGGGUAUCAAAGGCUUCGGUAACUAG